CGAAGUGCUUUUUUUUUUUUUUUUUCUUUUGAUAGACCAGCGAACGUCACAACCCAAAACAGAAGGCUGCUGCGUUUAAACUGGACUCUGCCGGAUUCUGUGUCUUCUUGUUCCUCUUUUAACAACAAAAACCUGAUCCAGCUACACUGAAACAUGGCGGGUCUGCCCCCCGGAGACCCGCAGCUGGUCUCAAUGAUCGUCAGUCAUCUAAAAACACAGGGUCUCUUCGACCAGUUCAGGAGGGACUGCCUGGCAGACGUUGACACAAAGCCAGCUUAUCUGAACCUGAAACAAAGAGUGGACAAUUUUGUGUCCAAUCACCUGUCCAAUCACACAUGGAGCCCUCAUUUGAACAAAAACCAGCUGAGAAACAACAUCAGACAGCUUGUCCUGCAGUCUGGCAUGCUGGAGCAGGGAGUGGACAGGAUCAUCGCCCAGGUUGUGGAUCCCAAAAUCAACCAUAUCUUCCGCCCGGAGGUGGAGAGGGUGGUCCGGGAAUUUCUGUCACCGGGAAGCUGCUCGGAGGAACCGCCAGUCCCUCCGACUCCAGCAGAAAUUAAACUGGACAACAGCGUUCCUGAGCAGGCCUCAUCAACUCCGACUCCAUCCACGGCCAGAGAUGCCAUGUCCAUCCUGGACACCAUUACAUCCCUCAACCAGGAGGCCAGUGUCAGGGCCAGCUCGGAGCCUGAAAAAGGAGGUAAAAGCCACGCUCCCGAUGAGUCCACGCAGCCGAUGGAGGACGAUGAGCAGAACAUGAUUAUYGACGAGGACAGCGACCAAGAGGGAAAGCCACCGGAGGAGGCAAACCUGGCGACAGAAGAUGUCCGAGCAGCAGAGGUGAAGAUGGAGAACACGCAGGAACAGGCGGAGGUGGGAAAAGAGCUGUUCCCGGAGGAGGUUAAGAUGGAGGAGGAGAAGGAGUCGGGAGCUCAUGAGCACACAGAAGAAAAGUCGGACAAAAAUAAAGACGGCGGCAAAGUCUCUGAAGAAAAACCUGAUGAGGAGACGAUGAAAUCCACAAGCCAGGCCAAGGAGAAGGCCAGAGAGAAGAUAAAAGAAGAAUAUUCCUUGGAGGACUCGGAUCUGGAAGGCCUGAGUGACAUCACGGUGAGCUCCGUCCACACCAGCGACUUGUCGUCCUUUGAGGAGGAAAGUGACGAGGAGGAGCAGCCGUCUGAUUCUUCUGAAGAUGGGGAGCUUCCUCCUGAUGAUCAAGGUGAAGAAGCAGGGAAGAAACACGGCAGCGUGACCCCGGGAGACGAAGACGUAGAGCGCAAACCUCGCCGAAAGGCUUAUGUUCAYAAACCCUUCCUCUACUCGCGGUACUACAGCGACUCGGAUGAUGAAAUCACAGUGGAGGAACGCCGCAGAUCUGUGGCAAAGGACAAAGAGGAAAGGCUGUUGAAGAGGCAACAGAACAGAGAGCGAAUGGAAGAGAAGCGCAAACAGAAAGCAGCACAGACUGAAGAACAAGAUAGCAAAAAACAAAAGAGUGCAGAUGCGGCUCCAGUGGAGAGUCCUAAAGCCAAAGAAGCUCGCAAAGAGAGGAAAGUUCUGGAGAAAAAAGUGGCUCUUAGCAGGAAGAGGAAACUAGACUCAAGAAAACAGGGAGAAGUUUCAAGCAAGAAGAAAGGAGAUACAGGAGAGACAUCCAAGAAAGUGGAGUCGAAGWCUUUGUCCUCUAAGAACCCACAAGCUAAGCUAACAAGAAAUCCGUCCGAAUCGGGAUCUUCUGACGACCGGCACGUCCGAACGAGCGGCAGCGUCUCCGAAGAUCCCGGUGACGCGAAGAAGCUGUUGGACAAAAACCGGACGCACUCCUUCAUCUUGGAUCUGGAGCAGGGCUCUCAAGAGGCUCUCAAGCAGCGCUCGGUGGGGAAAUUUGACCGCCUGCCCCGCAAAGAGCUUCAUUCUCGAGAACGCAAAGAGAAGGAGCGCAGCCUGUCUGAUGAGCGUGUCAAACUGAAACUGAAGCAGGAGAAAAAGUCUGAGCAUCCGGUAGACGAGUCUCUGCAGAAGGAAGGCUCUGCUGUCAAAGUGUCCUCUGAAGAAAAAAGUGAGAAGAAGCAAAAAAUCAAAAGCGAGAGGAAAACGGCAGGAAGUAUAAGAGAUGGCAAAGUGACUGAAGGGGGUUCUGAAGAGGGGGGCUCUAAAGAUGUCAAGAAGGUGAAAGGAGGGCAGAUGGAAAUUGUAAAAAUGGAGAAGGACAAGUUUAGGGAAAAGGAUAAGGUGAAAGAAAAAACCAAAGGAGAGAAAACUUUGGUUAGAAGUGAUUUCAAGCAGCUGCUUCGCCCUGAUUCUGCAGGCUCCUCUGAGGAUCGCUCUGACAAGGAGCCCAGUUCAGACGGCACCAAGAAAAGGGACAAACACUCCAAGGAAGGGUUGAAAAGGUCAAAGCCUCACGCUGAGGACAAGCCUGCAGACAAAACUAAAUCCAAACCAGAAAGUGAGAAAGGUAGGGCUGAUCAGGACAGCCAGAAGUUCCACAAGUCGAGCUCCAACACUGACAAAGAUCCCAAAAGAGUCAAGCCAACGGACAAAAGAACUGCAGAAAAAUCCAAAGCAAAAUCCAAAGAAGAGGCAAAGGCUCUGUUCUCACUGAAGAYGGAUAAAAAAGUUCAGAGUUCAGAUAAAGUUGCAGGAGUUGCAGAUGUCUCCAAGCCUGAAACAACAAAGGGGAAGAAAAAAGAUGGAAGUCUAAAAGAACCGAAGAAAGCCUCUGAAGAAACUUCACAGGAGAAAUUAGACCUCAGAGGUGCAAAGAAAAAAGUGGAGAAGAAGGAUAAAGUUCCAGAAAAGAAGAGCGAUGCUCAGGAAGAGACGACGAUGCAGAGAGAAGACAAGCUGGAAAAGCCUGACGCAUCUGUAAAAUCCUCCGGUUCCUCAUUGAGUCCUGAAGAGACAAAACAACCUCUUCAAGACGUGAGCUCAGAAUCUGAUCCCAACAUCACCACAGCCACCACCUCGUUCUCGGAAGACACCUCCGAUGCUUUAAGCGACAUCACCCCYGAGCCAACGGAGGGCGAUGCAGAGUCACGGCCCAUUGAGGUGCCAGCGGUACCGACCGAGGCUGACGCCCUGCUGACUCUUAUGGACGUCUGCACUUCAGCAGAGGCGAGGCUUCCACCCAGCAGCCUUAAGGAGGAAGUCACACCUGAGAUGGAGCUUCAGGACGCUGACAUGAAGAUGAAGGAGGCAGCGCUGACUCUGCUCUCCAUGGAUCCUGAUAGUACUCUGUCCACYAGCUUAAUCCUUCAAAACACAGGGGAGGGAUCAGUGCUGAAUCUGCCCGACCCACAACAGAUGGAAACGUCUAUAGUUGAAGAAGAGCAGCUAUCUCCUGUGCAGAUCCAACCAGAACCUCAGACUGAGUUCAGGGCUGCUGAAACAUCGGCUGCAUCUCAACAAACUGCURAGCCUGUUGAUACAGCGACAGAUGUUGAUGAUGAGACCGAAAACUCUGACAGCAAAAUGGACACAACUGAGGCUGAAACAUCAGAGAGUGUUUCUCCACAGGAGGUUGAGUUUGCUUCAAAUGUUAGCUUGAAAGAUGAAGAAACCAAAAGUGCUGAAGUUCCUCCUGAAGCAUUGUCUGAUGACAAAUUGGAAGCACCGGCAGAAAAAGAAWGUGCAGAGGCUGUUGUGUCAGAAACAGAGGAGAUCACUGCUGAUGCAGAGGAGAAGGCUGCAGCUGAACCAGUUUCAGACAUCAGUGAGCCAGCGUUUUAUCAUAAAGAGCAAACGGAGCCAGAUCCUGCAGUUACACAGACGAGCCUCGAGCAGGUCGUGGAGGAAGAAAGUGAAGAAAACCAGGCAAAGAUUUAUGUCUGUGAAACUGAGAGUAACACAGUGGAGCAGCAGGAYGCCGCAGUGGAGGAAGUUGAUCAACAGACGAUGAAGGCCAACAUCCCUGACCUGAGUGAGGACGGAGAAACUAAAUCUGAGAGAAAAUUAGUCGAACAAGUCGACGACGUCUCCACAGCUGGCCAGGAAGAUAAGAGCUCAGAUCUGUCAGAGAUGGAGGAGAAAACAAACAAAAGAGAAAGAUGUGAACAAACACUGCCAAGUCAGGAAACUGCGACAGAGACAGAACCUGGUGAUGCAAAGGAGGAAAAAGAAACUAAAGACCAGCUUUCUGAUCASGAGGCUGAACAGGAAAUGGCUGUGGAGAUAAAAACGCCACACAGGGAGUCACCCAGAAGCACAGAGGAGGAGGAAAAGGACCAGGAGAUGGAAGAGGAGACAUCAAGCUGCAGAACYACAGCUGAUGAUCAGAAAACAGAUGAGACAAAAUCUGAGGGCAGCACAGAGGAAACAUCAACACUGGAAGCAGCAGAGCAACAAGAGUGCACUGAAGAUAAAGAUGAACCACAGGAAACUAAAGAUGAACCGCCGUCUCCUGUCCCAGAGGACGGUGAAGCUGCAGGAGACUCGGACAUCAUUGAGACUGUGGACACAGAAAUUCCAGGUGAAGCAACAGAGAAGAGAAAUAAAUUYGAGGAUAUGGAGGAACCUGCAGAGGAACCACAGGCUCUGCAGGAGGUGUCGGACAACAGUGAAGCAGAACAAAGUGAAGAACAACCUGACAAAGACAGUGGUUCUCCCUCUGUGAGCCAAUCAGAGGAUGUAAAAGAGGAGAGCAGCAGUGAGAAGAAACCAGAUGCUCAGGAGGAGCAGCAGGAGGACCAGGAGCCAACUCCAAAGAAACCUGCUCGCAGAGGACGGCCACCAAAGGCUGCAGCUGCAGAGGAUUCAGGAGAAGCAGCAGUGAAGAGGAAGAGAUCAGAGCAAAUGGAGGAAUCUGGAGAGGAACCACAGGCUCUGCAGGAGGUGACGGACAACAGUGAAGCAGAACAAAGUGAAGAACAACCUGACAAAGACAACGGUUCUCCCUCUGUGAGCCAAUCAGAGGAUGUAAAAGAGGAGAGCAGCAGUGAGAAGAAACCAGAUGUUCAGGAGGAGCAGCAGGAGGACCAGGAGCCGACUCCAAAGAAACCCGCUCGAAGGGGACGGCCACCAAAGGCUGCAGCUGCAGAGGAWUCAGGCAAAAAGCAGUGUAAAGCAGAGGACGGUGAAGCUGCAGGAAACACAGACUCCAAGACGGCUGUGGACAUGCGUGAAGCAGCAGUGAAGAGGAAGAGAUCAGAGGAAAAGGAGGAACCUGCAGAGGAACCACAGGCUCUGCAGGAGGUGACGGACAACAGUGAAGCAGAACAAAGYGAGGAACAACCUGACAAAGACAGCGGUUCUCCCUCUGUGAGCCAAUCAGAGGAUGUAAAAGAGGAGAGCAGCAGUGAGAAGAAACCAGACGCUCAGGAGGAGCAGCAGGAGGACCAGGAGCCAACUCCAAAGAAACCUGCUCGCAGAGGACGGCCACCAAAGGCUGCAGCUGCAGAGGAUUCAGAUAAAAAGGAACAUAAAGCAGAUGAAAAAGAACCCGAGCAGAACGACGAAGAGGAGGAGGAAGAGGACGAAAAAGAAACUUCAACCAGAGCCACGACUCGGCUGGCGUCUCGCCUGGAGGCUGAAAGAAAUAAGCCGAGUAAACCAUCCACCCGGGCGAGCCGUCAGAACGAUAAAGAGGAGACCGCAGCUGGCACACGCGGGACGAGGGUCCAGGCAGCAGCCAAGGGGGGCCGUAAACGGGAGGCCAGCCCCCCCGCUGUGCGAACGCGGGGAGGACAGAAAUCAGAGGAGCCCCCCUCCAAGAGAGCCAAGCGCUAAGACCUCUGACGGCGKUGGAACGGUGCGCCCCCUGCAGUGUUGUUUUUACACUCCGCAUUCUGAGAGCUCUGCAGGCCGGCGGCAUGAGAAGCCGUUUGUGCUUCGCUCUCUGUCCGUACCGGGGGGGGGAAAAAAAAGAAAAGCUCAGGAGAAUAUUUUACACUUUGCUCYGAAGGCUGAGUGUAAAUCUGUAGGAAUCCUCUACAUCCAUGUGGUUUGGAUCAGACUUGUGGUUUGUUCAGAGAACUGGAGCGUUUCAGGCCAAUCAGAGGCCUAAUGUUUCCGCCGAGCUGCGCUGUGWGAUAAAGAUGUUUGGACCAGAGUUUACCGUCAUAGCUUUCUUUCUGAAUUUUAUUUUGUAUUACUCAUUCUGUGAAUGAAAUAAAAAAAAAUUCUGUUUUUUUUUUCUUUAAAAAGACAACACUUUUAAAUGCUCAACUUUCCACAUCAUAUUUGUACCACCAUUUGAUGAAGGAAAAGUUACUAAUUGUGUUCAAUUUUUUAACUUUUUCAUUUGUUUUAUCACUGAAAACCACUGAUUAAAUCAACUCUUUAGUUUUUUAMUUAUUGUCUUUUUGUUCAAGUCAUAAAUGCAAAGAAGUUAUUGUUUUUAUAAUAAAUUCUUAAAAAAACCA